AUGCACACCCAAACCCUCUACACCUACGCGCUGGUCGCACUCGCUAGCUCCCUUCUCGCGGCUCCUGUCGAAACAUCCGCAUCGGCAUCCGUAUCCCAAAAUCUAGUUGCUCGAGAACCGUUUGUGGUUUAUGGAAAAUCUCUUGAGGAGGAGGAGGAUGGUGGUGCUGCGUUUGGGACGGAGAGAGUGAGACGUGUGGAUGGAUUCGCACUCCCGGUAUCGAAAAUAACGGUAAUUUCGAGAGGAAGUGAGGGGGCUUCGGGAUCACCUCCUGGUGGUUCGUCGUCGGGAGCGAAUAAUGGGAAUGGGAAUGGGAAUGGGAAUGGGAAUAAACCACCAGGGCCUCCUCCUUCGAAUGGAUCGAGUAAUAACGGAGGACCACCUCCCGGGUCGCCGCCUUCGUCUAAUGGGCCAGGUAACAGUGGUUCGAAUGGCCCUAGCUCCGGGAGUUCCAGCGGAGGGUUGAAUGGACCGUCGAAUGGAGGACCAAGUGGAGGAUCGGGCGGGAAUCAGUAUUAG